UUGUCGCGUGGCUUCACCACUGAUCUCUCGACUUGUACAUCGGUACGUCAAUCCUUUGGUUGAUUCUCGUAGUUUUCGUUGCUUCGCACGACCAAAUCCGACAUCAUGAGCUACUCGUACAGCUACUCUAGCGGCAGCGGCGGCGGUGCAGGCGGCGUUGGUAGCAGCCUCAAGCUCGGCAGCGUUGGGGGCUUCCAGCAAGUUUCAUCCUUCAGCGAUGGCGGUGCGUACCGUACCUCGUGGAGCACCGGUGGCGGUGGCGGGGCCCGUGCGUACUCCGCGGGCAGCCUCAACGCAUCCUCCGGCGCUCUCGUGCCGGUGAGCCGUAGCCGUUCCUACGUCCAGUACGGUGCUGGAGGCGGUGGUGGCGGUAGCGGUGUUAGUUUCGAGGCCAACGAAAAAAUUGAGAUGCAAUCCCUCAACAAUCGCCUCGGCAGCUACAUCACAAAAGUCCGCGCACUAGAAGAAGCCAACCGCAACCUGCAAAUCCAGAUCAACGAGGCUUCGAGCGUGCAGGUGGUCUCUGAUGAUGGCAUCGACUGGGCGGCGGAGUUGGCAGCGGCUCGUGAGGCACUCCUCGCCGCCAACUUGGAGAGGGCUCGCGUAGAGAUCGAGCGAGACAGCGUCCUGUUGGAAGUCAACCAGUGGCAAGACAAGAUUAGCGGUGUUAUGGAGCAGCGCGCCAUCUUGGACGACGAGAUGAACAUGCUGAGGAGGGAAUCCGAGGAGCUGACCAUGGAGAAGGUUGACCUCGAAGGUCAAAUCGAGGGCGCGAAGGGCGAGCUGGAGUUCCUCAAGCAGCUGCACGCGCAGGAGGUCACUGACCUGAAGGGACGCAUCGCCGCCUCGGGCAGCAUUGAGAUCAAGUCCGAUUUCCAGGCCGUUGACUUGAACGCCGCACUGAAGGCAAUCCGUGAGCAGUACGAUGAGAUAGCGGCCAAGAACCGCGCUGAGGUGGAAGCUUCAUUCAAGGGCAAGGUUGCUGAAGUGAAGGUGCAACAGGAGCAGAGUAGCGAAGCGCUGACCUUGGUGAAGACGGAGAUUACCGAGACUCGCCGAACCGUCACGGCUCUCACCGCCGAGCUGGAGUCGCUCAAGGCCCAGAGCUUCGCGAUCCAAGAGUCUAUCGCCAGUGCCGAGCGCGACAAUGCGUCCCGUCUGGAGUCCAAGAUGGAGAUCAUCAACAGCAUUAAGAUGGAGCUAGGCCGUCUGAAGAGCGAGAUGUCCAGUAUGCUGAAACAGUAUGAGGACCUCAUCAAGCUGAAGCUGGCUUUGGAGACGGAGAUCGCACAGUACAACACCCUACUGUCGGGCGAGGAGACCCGACUGACUGACGUGGGUGUUGAGAGCAGCAGCAGCGCCUCCUACUCGACUGGCGGUGGCUCCUCCUACACCACCAAGACCGUCACCAAAACAACCCGUUACUAGGCGACGGUGACGUCAAGGGUGUGACGUCACACACGACGACUAAGCUACCCGACGAUGAUUAACAUAAAACGCGGGAAAAAUGAAUUCACCACCUGCUAUAUCUGUAACAUACAUGUACUAAAGCAAACUCUUUUGAUUUAGUACAAUAUGCUAUAAUGUAUUGCAGUAAAUAACUUUCGAAACAUCUCAAUAAAGUUGUUUUCCCGAACCUA